AGACAGUUGAAACUAAUUAAAUGUCCAAGCUUCCCUCUUCUUUGUAGUGGUGGCAAAAAGAAUGUUUAAGUUGUUUGUUGACCCAAACUGAUACUUUUCAAAAUGAGAAUUACGAUUCAAGGAAUUCUAAUUUUGAUUUCAGUUUUACUUAUGUUUGAUACAACUGUUGCAACACAACUGCCGAUUUCUGUAAGUCAGAACGGAUAUAGUGGACUAACUGUGGCAAUUAGCAAUAAAAUCGCAGAAAAUGUCGCACUAAUUCAAAAAUUAAAGGAUUGGUUAACUGCAGCAUCAAGAGUACUAUACAAAGCUUCAAAAUAUCAAUUAUAUUAUAAAGAUGUCACCAUUGUUUUACCGAAAACAUGGUCAAUUCAAAGCAGUUACAAAAAGAUAUCGGGUCUAAAGUUCAACAGGGCGCACGUUAGAAUUGACGAAGAAAAUCCAGUUGUUGGAAAAGUGCCUUAUGUCUUUGGACAAACAGAAUGUGGAAAACCAGGACAAUAUAUGCAUUUGACGACAUACCUUUUAUUCGCUGGAGAAUUUGCUGGCUUUGGAGAAAUUGGCGAUGUAUUUCUCCAUGAAUGGGGUCAUCUCAGAUGGGGACUAUUUGACGAGUAUGCAUCUUUUGAGGAGGCGGGAUUAGAAUCACCAUCAGCAUUUUACUUAGACGAAGGAACAUGGAAACCAACAAGAUGUACAGAAGAAGUGACUGGAAGAAGCAUCAAUAUGUUUACCGGUGCUCCAUGUACAGUUACAGAAGAUGGUAUCCCAGAGAAAGAUUGUGUUUUUAUUGCUGACAAAGAUUCUUCCGCGACAGCUUCAUUGAUGGGUCAACAGAAUGUUCUUAAGAUGGAAGAGUUUUGUGAUACGGAUGAAUCAGGUACUGACAGUAAACUGCGUCAUAACAGUCAAGCACCGAAUAACCAGAAUAUCAAAUGUAACUCUAGAAGUGCAUGGGAAGUCAUGCAUGAACAUGAUGAUUUCAAAGGUAAUACCCCUGGAUCUCCAAGUAUUGAUACAACACCGGAUUUCACAAUAGAAGUAGAGACUGACCAACGAAUAUGUCUGCUUCUUGAUAUUUCCGGCAGCAUGAAAAAAAACGAAAGAAGUUCUAAAAUGUAUACAGCAGCAUCGAAUUUUCUAUUAAAUAUGGUAGCAGACGGAACCUCAGUUGCUGUUGCUACUUUUAAUAAUAAAGGAAGGAUUGUUCAUCAAAUGUUGACAAUAUCAAGCCAGUCUGAUCGUCAACAACUCGUUGCUAGUUUACCAACAACAACCGGAGGUACUACAUCUAUUGGUGCAGGACUGUUGGCUUGUAUUACGGCCUUAAACUCUACUAGUGAUGGUUUAGAAGGCUCGAUGAUUUAUCUUGUUACGGAUGGAGAGGAAAGUCGUGCGCCUUUCAUUGCUGAUGUCCAGCCAGACAUCACGACCAAUGGAGUUAUUGUUAAUACAUUAGCACUGGGGAAUGAGUCAGACACACAUUUAGGAGGGAUAUCACGGGCAUCAGGAGGGCAGAGUUUCUACUAUUCUGAAGAUGAAGACAGUACAGUUCUCACAGACGUGUUUGCUGCUGCAGUUGUAGAUACCAGCACUGACAUGCUAAUUCAGAUUGAAAGCAAGAGUUGUUCUCUGUCAUCAACACAGCCGUUUGAACAUUAUAUAACCAUAGAUGCAACAGUUGGAAGAGACACUAUAGUGCAAAUAUCUUCAAGUGAAAGUUAUGAUAUUGAUCUAUCAGUAACCGGCCCGGAUCAAACAAUAUACACAGAAACAAAUUCAACUUUUGGAAUUACUACCAUCAGAAUACCUAAUAUAGCACAGAGUGGAAGUUAUAAAGUUUCUGUAACAACUACAUCCAAUAGUAUGAUUCCUGCUGUUUUAAACAUACAGUCGAAGGUUAAAGUUCCAGGAGAAACAACAGCCAAACUAAGUGUUUGGUUGUCUGAUGAUACGCAUGUGUACGGUUCAGAUGCUACUACUGUUGUUUAUGUUGCAGUUUUGAAAGGGAUGGCACCCGUAUUGAAAUGUGAUGUAACAGCGAGCGUAGAGGGAUAUAAUGCUAGCUCCAUACAGCUCUAUGAUAAUGGAAUUGGUUCUGAUUCACGAGAAAACGAUGGAAUAUAUUCAGCUUAUGUAUUUUCUAAUAAUUUUGAACGAAAUGGGCGCCACACUCUCAAAAUAUCUGGCCAAAAUACAAACAACAGAGCAGAAAUACUAAAAUCAAAGCAAAAGAGUAAUACAUUGCCAUAUUACUCAGGUUUGACUACCGAAUUAGUUGGGAAUUUCCAGAGAGUAAUUCUAUCCAGUGAAAUAAGUGUAACCAACUAUAGUACUACUCCGUUGACAGAUAAUAUAAAACCAUCAAAAGUAACCACGCUUAAGUUAAAGUCUGUUCAGUUAAUGGGAGAUAAGUUACACAUUAAUUUACUUUGGAAGGCUAUUGGUGAUGAUCUGGACGUUGGUACAGCAUCUGAAUAUGACUUAAGAAUAUCAGACAGUUUCUCUAAAAUUAAACAACAACCUGAACAGUGUACCAAAUUAACUAACAACAUUCCAAUCCCAAAGUUAGCGGGAAGUACUGAACAACAUUUGAUUACAUUAGACGAUGACUCGCUUACUAAAUAUAUAGUUGUCAGAGCUAUAGAUGACGAAGGAAACAAGGGAGAUUAUUCUAACAUUGUUUCUGUUUCAAAGCUUACCGAUCCGGCUUGGAAUAGAGAAACUAUAAACACAGUUAAUCUAACUGGAACAUUCGUUUCUGGGGGUUUAGCGAUAGCGAUAUUGUUGGUAAUGUUGAUAUUAGGGCUUUGUUUAAAAGUUAGAUUGUCAAAGACAAACGAUCAGAAAAGGCUAAUUAAUGAAAAGAGAAAUCAAAAACAGAAAUCUGGUAAAAGAGGUUCUUCAAAAAAACACCAUAACCGAUAUGAAUACGAGAAUAGAAACAAUAUUGUAUAAUAGAAGCAAUAAAAACAACUUUGAAAAACUUAAUCAAACUCAUUCAUAUCAGUGAUUGCAUAUAAGCUUUUUGAUGUGAAAGAAAGUCGGUAUCAAUUAAGUGUUUAAUUUGUACAGUUUAUGUAAACAAGAAUGAAUGUCGAGAAUUGAGCAUGCUUCUUAUCACAUUUUUAUUUAUAAAAAUAACCGAAAA